UAACUGAACUAAUCCAACCUUUAAAAAAAAAACUAAUCCAACUAACCGUUGACUUAUUGACUGACUAUUACUAAUACAACAACCCCUGAUUUUGACACUUUUAUUACCGAUAUUGAGACUGCCCCCUGCCCUGCCCUGCCCUGCCCAAUGGAAAUCAGAACCACCACUACCCAGUUAGCCAAUUUCUUACAACUUUGCAUCGACAAAAAAUCACACAUAAAUGGAAAACUCAUUCAUGCACACAUCCUCCGUACUGGCCUCUUUUCAGACACCUUUCUAUCAAACCGCUUGAUCGAACUCUACCACAAAUGCGGCCACUUAACAUCUGCACGCCAAGUGUUCGACAAAAUGCCUAACAGAAACAUCUUCUCAUGGCACGCAAUGUUAAGUGCCCAUUGCAAGAACGGUGACAUAGAUUCAGCACACCAACUGUUUGUGCAAAUGCCCGAGCGAAACGCAGUGUCAUGGAACACUUUGAUCAGCGCGUUAGUUCGUGGUGGGUUGGAACAGAAAGCGUUGAAUGUGUAUUAUGAAAUGACCCGAGCGGGUUUCUUGCCGAGUAAUUAUACGUUAGCGAGUGUGUUCAGCGCGUGUGGGGCGUUGUCGGAUUGGGAAUAUGGUUGUGUGUGUCAUGGGCUUGCUAGUAAGAUUGGGCUAGAUAAGAAUGUGUAUGUUGGUAAUGCUUUGUUGAGUAUGUAUGCGAAAUGUGUGCGUGUUGAAAGUGCAGUUAAGGUGUUUGAUGAUUUGCCUGAGGUUAAUGAGGUUUCGUUUACCGCGAUAGUGGGGGCUUUAGGGGAUACUGAUCGGGUUGAGGAGGCGUUUGGCAUGUUUCGAUUGAUGCAUAGGACUGGGAUACGAAUCGAUGCGAUAUCGUUGUCGAGUAUUCUCGGUGUAUGUGCUAGAAGUGGGAUUCAUGAAUCGGGUUCAAGCGUAAACGGUCAACAACUUCACGGGCUUACAAUUAGACUCGGGCUAGAAGACGAUCGACACUUGAGUAAUUCAUUGCUAGAUAUGUACGCAAAAUGCGGGGAUAUGAUUAGCGCUGAAAUGAUAUUUGAUAAUUUGGUAGACGUUAGCGUUGUUUCUUGGAACGUUAUGAUUGGCGGGUACGGUCAAAAAUACGAAAUUAAGAAGGCAAUAGAGUUCAUGCAAAAGAUGCAACGGUUCGGGUUUGAGCCCGAUGAAGUGACAUAUAUUAACAUGCUUACCGCGUGUCUGAAAUCGGGAGAUAUUGACACCGCGCGUGAGAUUUUUAACAAAAUGGGUUCUCCAAGCUUAAGUUCUUGGAACGCUUUGCUUUCGGGGUAUACCCAGAUUGGGAAACAUAAGGAGGCUGUUCGGCUUUUUAUAAAUAUGCAGUUUUGUAACGUCAAAGGUGAUCGAACGACUUUUGCUGUUGUUUUUAGCUCGUGUGCUUCUAUGGGGCUUUUAGAGGGCGGGAAACAAGCUCAUGCAGCCUCGGUAAAGAAUCUUUUCGAUGAUGAUAUUUAUGUUGCUAGUGGUCUUAUUGGGAUGUAUUCCAAAUGUAAUAAGAUAGAGGUUGCAAAAUCCAUAUUUGAUAGAGUAAAAGAUCAAGAUGAUAUAGUUUGUUGGAACUCGAUGAUAGCGGGAUUAUCACUCAAUAAUCUUGAUAAUGAAGCCUUCGUGUUAUUCAAAAACAUGCUGGAAAACAAUAUGAUUCCGACCCAAUUCUCGUAUGCUACCGUGCUAAGUUCUUGCGCGAAACUAUCGUCCAUAUCUCAAGGGAGACAAAUUCACUCACGCGCUUUAAAAGAUGAAGUUAUAAACGAUGUUAUAGUUGGAAGUGCUCUAAUUGAUAUGUACUGUAAAUGUGGAGAUGUCAAUGAAGCAAGAUUGUUUUUCGACACAAUGCCCGUUAAAAACACCGUUACGUGGAACGAAAUGAUUCAUGGAUAUGCACAAAACGGACAUGGAAAUGAAGGCGUUGCUCUUUUUGAACAAAUGGUUAACGUAUCGGGUGAAAAACCCGAUGCUAUAACUUUUAUUGCGGUUUUAACUGCUUGUAGCCAUUCGGGAUUAAUCGACUAUGGGAUGAAGAUCUUUAACUCGAUGUUACAAGAACAUGGUGUGGAGCCACUUUCGGAUCAUUACACUUGUAUAAUUGAUUCGUUGGGACGUGCGGGUCGGUUUACUGAAAUAGAGGCUAUUAUAGAUAAAAUGCCGUAUUUAAAUGAUCCGAUUCUAUGGGAGGUGCUUCUUAGCGCGUGUAGAGUGCAUUUAAAUGUAAGUUUAGCAAGAAGAGCGGCGGAUGAGCUUUUUCGUAUAAAUCCGUGUAAUUCUGCACCGUAUGUGCUUUUAGCUAACAUGUAUUCUUCUAUGGAAAGAUGGGAUGAUGUAAGGAAUAUUCGGGAGUUAAUGAUUGAAAAACAGGCGGUAAAAGGCCCGGGUUAUAGUUGGUUUGAACAUAAAGAUGGGUCUUAUGCGUGAGGCUGUCCGGGUCAAAGUUAGGGUGUGCAGAGGCUGCUUAUAUGUAAAAACAACCAAAGGGGUGAAGAUAUUAUGAAUGGUUUACUUGACAAAAAGGCUGAUACGUAAAAGAGAUGAGAGAGAUGCAUCUUUUGAUUGUACUUCAAGCUUAUUUGGUUGGUUGUACACAAAGCCAUGCCUCGUGUAUGUGAAGCUCUUGCCUCUCUCCUCGCGCCUCAGCUUAGUGUUUAAACUUUGGAUAAAUUUGAAGCAGAAGUUUGAUGAACCAUGUUGUUGAAGUGAGUCAUUGAGAUGUCAUAUGACAGUUGUAUGCUGGCCUUGAUUUUAAAUUGCAAUAAACCAAUGGACACAUAUUGAAUCAAUCUUUGAACCGUAUAAUGAAUGAGUAUGCUGUUUGGUCACCCGCGCUAUUGUUGAACCUGCUAGCUGUCAAAGGAAAGAAAGAGUAGUUUGUGCACUCGGGUCAAGUUGCCGAUCAAAAAUUGUUCAUGUAAGGGGUUUAUCUUAUAUGUUGGAAGUGUCACUUGAGUUUUUGUACUUGUGCUUUAUCUACCUGCUUGUGUGGUUCAGAUCUUGCUUGAAUUUUUUUUA